UCAGGAAAUGCAUCGUGGUUGGAGGUUGUUGAUCUUCAACAUGGCAAACACACUAUGCCUGUUAAGAAACCAGCCCAAUGGAUUCCACAUAUCCAAGAAGAACCAGCAUGGGGGAUUACAGUAAUGGAGAUGUCUACAAGCAGGGUUUCUUCAUCAAAUCCCCUCCAUUCCCUCUUUUCAACAAUCAGAGUUCCUGGAAAAAAAGACAUUUUGUCCUUUCCAAGUCCAGCAAUGGUUGUUUCCUUAAGUAUCAUAAAGGCCAGCACCAUAAGGGCUGUAUUGAAAUCAAUAAGAGUUCAGAAAUAGAAAUUGGUAUAGGUGACCAUGAGAGAAUGGCAGCAGUGAAGAGGAUGUUUAAAUGCCAGCCCUCCGAAGUGAUGACCAUCAAAACAGAGGAAAGGACUUACUACCUUAUUGGAACAGAUAGCAAGGAUGUCAAGGAAUGGGCUGACUUCCUAGAUGCAGCCUGCAAGGAAAAGGAAACUCAGAACAAGAUACCCAUCCAGACAGGACCUAGAAACCGUUCACAAUCUUCACCAGCUUAUUUAGAUGAAUAUGUGUCUUCUAUCAGCAAGCAGGAUCAACAUGAGGGCAAUGAAUAUGAAGAAAUAUCUGCAUUUAAAAAAAGGCCAAAUUCAGAUCCUAGCCCUCAAGAACCCCGUGAACAAAGCUCUAAUGAGUCACCAAGAAAAUUUAUACAUCAGAUACACAUACCAAAUCAUGUUGUGUGUGAAGAACAGACAAAAGGAAAGCCUGAAAAGGAGGAAGACGAGAAAAGUGAGCAGCCAUAUUACGCUACUCCAAGUAGUAUUCAAGCUGAGCUGGAUCAUGUUAUUGCUAAAUGCAACAUCCCAGUACAGAACAUGAGCCUAAAUGACAAUAAUGGUAAUCAAUGUGGAGAUUACAUGCCCAUGAAGAACUUGAUGACUAAAGAGAAAAUCCAGCCUGUGUGUGCAAAUGUCGACUUGGUAAGCUGUCUCAGAAGUAAAAAAACCAGCACAGAUCUAAAGGGAGACUUGGGUACCCAACAACUCAUUGAAAGCAGCACUGGAAACAAGAAGCCUCCACCAGAAAAUAAAACAAAACACUUAACGAAAGUUCAGUUGUCCAUACUUCUCAGUAAAAUCACAGAUGACAACCAACUGGAAGAGGUGGAUAUUCUCCUUCCCCAGAGUGAUGCCAUAAAUUGCCUGACAUUUACAGAAGCAAUUGGAUGUAUAUGUGUUUCCCAAUGGAAAGCUCCACAUCACUUAAACUGUAUAUUUCAUCAUGGGGAUCAUAUAUUGGCUGUGAAUGACCUACAUGUGAAAAGAAUAGAUGAGGUUCUUUUCUUCAUAAAAAGAUCCAAAAAAAAGGAGGUUAAACUGACUGUACGUCGGCUCCCAGAUUCAGAAAUUUUUCCACAUUAAAGGAUGUAGGUGUAAAGAAAAGGAGCAAGGGAAGGUAAACACCAAGCUGUCCUACUCACCUAUGCAUUUCUACGAACAAUUUACAGCAGACUGUAAACACAGA